AUGUCGUUGACACUCCGUUCGGCCAUCAAUGGCGCCUCGUCGUCCACGGCCGUGAUCGUGCCCGCCGCUGGCCCCGGCGCCCAGCCGCUGGAAGUCUCCUAUCUCGAUCUCGUUUCCGAGGUCUCCCGCUACCAGGCCAAGCUUGCCGCCCUCGGCAUCGGCCGCCGUGCCCCCGUCUCCAUUGCCACCGUCAACUCGUACGAGUUUAUCGUGUCGUUCUUGGCUGCCUCCUGGCAGCGCGCCGUCGCCGCACCCCUCAACCCGGCCUACAAGCAGGACGAAUUUGAGUUUUACAUUGAGGACGUCCAGUCGGCCAUUGUGCUCGUGCCCAAGGGCGCAUUUGCCGCGGAUGCCCCUGCCGUGCGGGCUGCCCGCAAGUUCCGCGCCGCCAUUGCCGAGUCCUACUGGGACGCCGAGCGCGGCGAGGUCGCCCUGGACGUCAAGGAGUUUGGCCGCCUUGAGAGCGGACCGCAGCCGACACUAUGGCCGAAGCCGCACGACGUGGCCCUGGUCUUGCACACGAGGUGCGUUUUCUGGCAGACUUUGCCUUUGGACUUACUUACUUUUUCUGGAGCCUACACUGACAUGGGACAGCGGAACAACAUCGAGACCGAAAGUGCCUACGGUUAUUCAUCACUGUACCUACUUUCGCUAACAACCCAAGAAAACAUUCAGGACACGUACAAGCUGACGCCGGCGGACCGGUCUAUGCUCGUCAUGCCCCUCUUCCACGUCCACGGCCUGCUCUGCGGGCUGCUCGCCCCCCUCUUCUCUGGCGGCUCGCUCAUCGUGCCCCCCAAGUUCUCCGCCACCGAGUUUUGGCGCGACUUUGUCGGCCACAAGGCCAACUGGUACACGGCUGUCCCCACCAUCCACCAGAUCCUUCUCAAGCAUCCCAUCCCCAACCCGCGGCCGUCCAUCCGCUUCGUCCGCUCCUGCUCCUCUCCGCUGUCCCCCACCGUUUUUGCCCAGCUCGAAGAGGCCCUCGGCGCCCCCGUUCUUGAGGCCUACGCCAUGACUGAGGCAGCCCACCAGAUGACCUCCAACCCGCUGCCGCCUGCCAAGCGGAAGCCGGGUGCCGUCGGCCUGGGGCAGGGCGUCGAGGUCCGCAUCCUGAACGACGCGGGAGCCGAGCUGCCGCAGGGCCAGGAGGGUGAGAUCUGCGUCAAGGGCGACAACGUCACGUCCGGCUACCUCAACAACCCCACCGCCAACGCCACCGCCUACACCGCCGACGGCUUCUUCCGCACAGGCGACCAGGGCCGCAAGGACGAAGACGGCUACAUUCAGAUCACGGGCCGCAUCAAGGAGCUCAUCAACAAGGCCGGCGAGAAGAUUAGCCCCAUUGAGCUCGACAAUGUCCUGACGCGCCACCCCGAGGUCGCCGAUGCCGUCAGCUUUGCCAUAAAGGACGACGUGUAUGGCGAGGACAUUGGCGUCGCCGUCGUGCGCAAGCCGGGCUCCUCGCUGCAGCCGGAGGCGCUGCAGCGCUGGGCCGCGGAGAAGCUGGCCAAGUUCAAGGUGCCCAAGAAGGUCUACUUUACCGACGUGAUGCCCAAGACAGCCACCGGCAAGAUCCAGCGCCGCAUUGUUGCUGAGACCAUGCAGAAGCAGGACAGCAAGGCGAAGCUGUAA